GGGUACUUCUGGCCUUUCAUUGAAAUAGCUGCUAGGUGUCCCAAAGUUUUGUCCUUCCAUUGUUUAAUCCAAAUCCUUUUUACAGAUCAAAGGAAAAAGUUGUGGAAGUAAAUCUUCCCCCUUUACAGCAAUACAUCACAAACCAUCAUCAAGGAAGCAUCUAAUUCAGACUUUUAGAAGAGACAUACACACGCAUGUAAAGGGUAAAGUGGGCUAUCUAGUGCAUAGCCUUCAUUUGGCAUUGUGUUGAUAAAGUCAUAUAGCAGAUAAGUAUAACAGGUUUCUGUCUAGCAAUUCACCAAAGGCAUAACAUCAACUUGUUUCAGCUUAUGCUAUAGAAUCGCAGAUGGGCUUUGGUUCUAGUCGACUAUCCCAAGGAAGCAAAUGGCUUGUCUUGCUCUUGAAAGUUGGGAUCAUGUGCGUGGUCAUGCUAGCUAGAGUAACAUAUGAGGAUGAAAUGGGGGCACCAUCAGCCGGCUUACUGUGCAUCAGUGAUUGUGCAACAUGUCCAGUCAUUUGUUCACCACCACCUCCGCCACUGCUGAAGUCAUUUCCACCGCCAUCACCGUCAGUUCACCACUCGCCACCACCGGUGCCUUAUUAUUACUUCCCACCACAAUCUGAGAAUCACUCCCCACCACCAUCAGAACCAGUAUCACCUCCAUCUCCACCGCUGCCACGGCCACCUCCACCAGCACCUUCAUCAUAUUCCUCAAAGGGCAGUCCACCCCCUCCUUUUAAGUACUUCUACAAUGCACCUCCAGGUCAAGGGCCACCUACAGUAGGAGGACCCCAUGAGUACCCCUAUCCUUACUACUACUUCUAUGCAUCAAAGGCCUCUUCUCUUCCUUUUCAGGCCUCCUUGUCACUUGUAAUGUUGGUACUUUCCCAUGUUGUGUUACUGCAUUGUUGAAUUUGUAUAUUUUUGGGGUUACUAGGGUGAAGAGGUGGAAAUGUUACAAGAUGUUCUACAGGAAAACAUGGGGUCUCACUGGUAUAUAUGUAUAAAAUCAGAAAGACAUUUGGGUUGUUCUGUGUAUUAAUUUUCUCUUACCUUUCUGCUGUUUGUUUAGAAAUAAACCUAGUAUCAAGU